CCCAAUUAGUGGCACUAAGUUUCACAAAGCAAUGAUCGAUUAUUCAUAUUGAUCACUUAGCUUAGCUCUCUAGCUCUUAAACAAAGCAAAGAAACUGUCCAAUGUCUAUAAAGGCCUAGCUAAGCAUUGUAUAUAUAUAGAGGACAUUCUUAUUGGUUCUUCAAGUCUUUCUGAUAUUGGUUGCUGUAUAUUGGUUGCUGUUUCAUAUUUUUUCCAGUAUCAAUAUGGGGAGCAAUGGAACAACUGAAUACCAGGACUUGUUACCAGUGAUGGCAGAGAAGCUGGAUGUGGAGACCUUUGUGUCCGAGCUAUGUGGAGGUUUUCGACUUCUGGCAGACCCCGAAAGCGGGCUGAUCACCUCGGAGAGCCUGAAGAAGAAUUCUGCGCUUCUCGGAAUGGAGGGGAUGAGCAAAGAGGAUGCUGAGGGCAUGGUUAGGGAAGGUGAUCUUGAUGGAGACGGCGUGCUGAAUGAGACGGAGUUCUGUAUUCUCAUGGUGAGGCUGAGUCCAGGAAUGAUGGAAGAUGCAGAGACUUGGCUUGAGAAAGCUCUUGAACAAGAGCUAAAGAAAUCCUGAUCAUAUGAUGAUCAACAUGAGUCUUCAUGAUGAUCAAAAUGAGUCUUCGAUGAUGAGAACUUCCUCAGAUAAUGCCUUUUUUUAGUGACAAGAAAGAAGUAGUAAUACAUGAUGAUGGAUCCCAUUUGAUACAAUCAA